AUGGCCAACUGGGGACUCAUCAUUCCCCAGCUGAACGCCACUGAGGUAGCCUACGGUGACAACUACUACCGCCGCCGUCUCCAAACGCUGCAGUCCGUCGAUGAGAUGGUUGACGCUAUAAUCAAGCGCCUCGACCAGGCCGGAAUUCUCGACAACACGUAUGUGAUAUUCACGUCCGACAACGGUUUCCACAUCGGCCAGCACCGGCUUAAGCCUGGUAAGACAUGCGCUAUCGAGGAGGACAUCAAUGUGCCGUUCCUCAUUCGCGGUCCCGGUGUGCCCAAGGGGAAGACGGUCGACUUCGUCACAACCCACACUGAUAUCGCCCCGACCAUUUUUUCGCUUGCCAACAUCAACCUGCGUGAGGAUUUCGAUGGAUCUCCCAUUCCCUUCUCUGAAGAAAGUAUCACGAAAGCUCAGAAUGACCCCAAGCACGACCAUGUAAACGUUGAGUUCUGGGGAACCCAGCGGGGGUACGACGCUUUCGGGGGCGUUGCUGCGAACAAUACAUACAAGGCCAUGCGCGUCCUUGGAGAUGGAUACAGUCUGUUCUAUUCGGUCUGGUGCAGCAAUGAGCGGGAGUUCUACGAUAUGAAGGUCAGUGCGAUUCCAGAUCUGAUGCUUUCCGACACGAUGAACACUCACUAA